GCACUGACUACACUCUUCACACAUUAGCUUUCCCUUCAAAAAUCCGAUACAUAGCAAGCACACUCGAAGCAUUGAACUACGAUCAUUUGCCGCGCAGGUCGAAAUCGAGCAAUCGAGACGAUAAGCUUCGAAGCACCUGGGUCAACGAAUCUUUUGGUUAUCAUGGACGAGGUAACUCGAUCAGCGCCAAAAAAAGGCCUUUGCCUGCGAGCUACAAAAGGAUGACGAUAGCAAGGGCUUGCGAUGUUCAGAUCAUCCCCCCAUCUCUCACGGUAUAGAUCGUGUCCCAAGUAACUUCCGAGAACCACAAGAAAUCCAGACAUCAGACCAGUCAUAGGUCGGUUGGUUGCUUCAUCCAAAACACCUGAUUAACUCUCGCCUUGUACCUGUGGCCAUGGACGCCAAAGUUACUGUUCUCCCACAAGAGCUCAUUGAUGCCGUUAUAGACGAGAAUCAUACCGAUAAAGAAACCUUACGAACCUGCUCCCUCGUCAGCCGUUCCUGGACGUAUCCCUCUCAGCGGCGGAUAUUCUCUCACAUCAGCUUCAAUCGCGGACCCUAUCACUACUGCUCUUUACAUGGCCGCAGGCGACGCGAUAUAGAACGGUUUAAUUCCUUCAUAUCCAUACACCCUUGCCUUGCGACGCUUGUGAAAAGCAUUGAAAUCUCUCCCCUUCUCGACGCUCACCUCCUCGGGACUAUGUUUCAGAAACUCAUCAACCUUGAGAGUAUAUCCCUUCAUCUCUGUGGUUAUUCCUGGGACGAGCUCUCCCUGUCCAUGCGUGAUACCCUGAUCACAGCCUUCCGAUCUCUGCGUCUGACGCGGUUCGAGAUUCGGGAUGGACUGUUUCUUCAUUAUGCAGACUUCCUGGCGCUUCUGGAUACAUGUCAGUAUCUGAAGCAUCUAUCGCUUUCCGCGAUAUCCUGCGAAGACUUGGUAUCUUGUGGGAAUUUGGAAGGGUUGACCCGACUUCCGAUCGGGCUAAAGUUAAAGCUGCACUCCUUAGCGCUCAGCUUGUGUGAGCCGCAUUCUUCACUGGUACAGCUAUUACAAUCUUCGAUCAAUAUCAGCAGUCUCCAGCAGUUAUCGGUACUCACAGACGGUUCUGGAGACCUUGUAAAGCGCACGAAGGUCACGAGGGAUAUCCUACGGCAGCUAAAUGGUAGCGCUUUAGAGCAUCUUGUUUUGAAUGCCUGUCUCGGAGAGCCAUUAUCGAACCUAAUUGAUAUAUCUCGUCUUCGUUCGAUACAUGUCAAGCUGUGGUGGAUCUGCUACCAACAACACACGAAGCCUGUGGUAUGGCUACGGUGGUUGACGAGCUUGUUCAAGGAGCUCACUAAGUGGCAUCGAUUGGAGAAGGUGACGCUCGAGAUAUUCUACACGAGCACCUUUACGUCGUAUGGUAAUGAUUGGGCUGCUUUGGAUGCAACGCUGGGACAGAUUGGGUCGUUGAGAAGGGUGGAUUUAGGAUUGGAUGCCUACGAUAAUGCGAAGGCACGAUGGAAACAUCUGAAGGAGCAUCCCAGCUGCGCUGGAGAUGAUGUGAGGAGCAUUUUCCCAAUGGUGGCGAAGAGGAGAAUUCUUUCCGUUGAGUGUGCUGCUAAUUAUCCUGGCUAGCGAUUCUGGGUCAAAUACGCGGGGUACAUACACGCGAUUGUGAUACAAACAG